ACAAAAGGCGAUAUUAAAAAGCGCUUCAUACUUCGAUCGAUAUAUAAUAUGGACGCAGUAGUUUCUCUUUUAACAAGAACGUGCAUAUGUUGGUAAAAUCUGCUGUAGUGCUACGGAACCAUUUUAUGUCAAAGAGCACGCCUGGCUGCGAGUGGAGAUUACCGGCUCGUGCUUCUGUCUCGUGUACAACAACCUUUCAACAAAUAAAUCUAUGCCAUCCAAUAAGCCGAUCACCAGGAAUGAUCAUAGCAUGUCACCCCCUGGAGAGCGAGAGACGGCGGCUCUGCGGCAGUGUGUUCAGUCCCGGGCGCAGCUGGAAGAGGCCAUAUCUGGAGUGAUUAAAGCUGAGGCCCAGCUCAGGGAUAACUCUAGAGAGGUGAAGUCUCAGCUGCACAGCUGUAUCAGCAGGCACUUGGAGACUCUGCGCACACGGGAGGUUUGGCUGCUCGAGCAGAUCGACUUGGUGGAGCACCUAAAGACAGAAGCUCUGCAGCAGCAGUUACAGCAGCUCCACUGGCUUCGUGGCCAGUUUGAUAUCCUCAUCCAUCAACUCCAAAAUUCCAACAGCACCAACCUUGCCAGCCAACUCACUAGCUGUUUGGAAAAGUUUUCUGGUCUGAAUCUAAGUCCUGAGGAAACCCCAGAGAUGAGUUUUGAAGCAGACGUCCGCUCCUUGCGCCAAGCCAUUACCUCUUUUGGGACCAUUUCCACUCAGCAGAUGUUGAAGACCUCUGUUUCCAGCCUAACCAGUCAAAGAUCAAGCUCUGCUGAGGAAACUUGGCUUGUACAGAACUGCCCCAUUAGUGCAAAGAGACAGAAGCUGGAUCAAAACUGGGGAGGUCCACUUGCUGAGUGGCUGCUUACCAACAGUCCUGUGACCAGUGCUCCAAUUGGAUACAAGUCCAGUAAUAACCCCCAGGAUUGGCUGUUAUCCCCUAGAGAGAAACUUCAGGCACAUUGUCCACUUGUCCCUUUUGACUUCCAAAAGGCCUGGGGUCAGCUCAAAGAUCUAGAGGUGUGGCUCCUUAAGGAAAAGUCACCUGCACGUGAGCGAGCCAACAGCAACGCUAGCACCAGCAGCUCAGCUUUCUCCAUUGAGAAGAUAGAGGAGAGCGACUUCCUGGAAGAAGGGGAAGUUGAGGGAAUUAAAAUGGAGAGUGACAUGGAAACUGAUAACACGGAGGCUUUUGAUGACUGGCUCAUCACCCCUAAAACCAGCAAGUUGGAGACCAGCCUUGUUUCCGAUGCUGCUCAGUGGAAACAAGUGUUCAAACCUUUCAAUGAAACCUUCUUGCCCAGCGAAUGGCUCCCAAAGUCGGAUUGUGGAUCAUGCUGUGCCUCACGUGUUAAGGCGGUGGAGAUUGAAAACCUGGGCAAGCUCAAGUGCCUAAAAACUCCCUUGUCCUCAGGUGUUCCUACUCCCACUAAUCCCACUACCCCCACUACUCCCACUCCCUCGUCUGAUAGUCCUCAUCCAGUGGAGGUCUGGCUCCAGCAAGCUAUCCCUAUAGAAAAUAACUGCAAAGCCAACGAGAAAUGUUCAAGUUUUGCUCAGUGUGUGUGCGAAACCAACUGCGGGAAAGAGGCUCUGAGUGCCUGGCUCCUUAAGAAAGAGGGCAGAGACAAGAACGGCGUUCCCGUGGACAAGAACAGCACUAAAAAACCAGCCAUGAUACAGCAGCAGGAGCAGAAGGUGCAGGCCAUCCUGGACACAUGGCUCCAACCUGGCAAAAAAGUAGAAACUCCGUUUCUGUCCCCUCUAUCUGGCUGGGUUUCACCAUGCAAGCAGGGGGAAGAGAAAGCCACAUGUGAAGAGAAGAGCUCACAAUUCAGUUUGUUCAAAGAUUCUGAGAGUCCCUUCCACAAAUCUCUGAAAUCUGAAAAUUGGGUGCUGCCUGAAAAGAAACACACAGAGAUCUCCAGCCAGCAGAACGCAGCAGAACCGGACACUGAGGAGGACAAAUGGCUCCUAUGCAAGAGGGCCAAUGCACAGGACAGACUUAGUCUUCCCAGAGUAUGUGAUAUAUUUUCCUGUCUCAAGCUUGAUGGGGACAAGGAGAAGUGGCUACAUCGCACACCUAUACACAUGUGAAAACCGGAUCGUAUUCAGUAAUCCUUUGGUGGGCCUACUGAAUAGCUGACCAUCCAACACAGUCAUCUGUUGCCUUAUUUUCAAAUUUCUAUAGGAUUUAAGGAUUCAUUCUCUAUAAACUGUUGUAUUUUCUAAUUUUAGUUGUGGAAUAAGUCUUUGCAUAACACUGUGUUCUCAUGAGAGAAGAAGGCAAGCAAGUUAGUUGAUGUUAUAACACAUGGAACAAUAUUAGUGCAGAAAGUGCAGUGUCGGCCCAGUACAACAGUCAUACGAUGUACGGGUCAUAAAAUAACUGAUGAACCUGAUCUAAAAAUUGGAGGGCAAGUAAUAACGAUAUCGCUGAAGUAAUGAAGCUGAUCAAAGUUUUUCUUUUAAAAUCGUGUACUAAAUUAUUACACAUGCUUUUAGGUAUGAGAGGUUCCCAUAUAGACAGACUGGUUUGCUGGCACACUUCAUUCAAUGUUUGCCAUUUUCACUUCUUCUUCUUCUUUUGUUUUUCUCUCUCUCCCAAGAAUUCACUUUGUCAAAUGUAUGGUGAAAUCCCACCCCAAACGGAUCUAGAUUCCUUCCAAUACGGAAAUGCUGAAAAUGCUUGCUCAAAUGACACUUAAUGGCAAGGAGCUGUGCAUUUAAAAGUAUAAGCACACUAUAUAGACAAGCAGUAUGUUAUCCUACACAGAAUAUUCUGAAACUGCUCAUCUUCCUGUGUUUACCACAUUGUAUUAUGGGAAUCUGAGUUUGUUUUUAAAUAUCCUGUCGUGUUGCGCAUUUAGGGGGUUUGUUUACAUUGAGCAGACACCCUACAGUAACUCCUGAAUACAGUGUGGCUAAACGCAUUGUCAUAACGGCUUAUUUUUCCAUCGCGUUCCGUCACUUUAGAUGGUUCUCUGAGCUACGUUGCUGUAGAGAGCAUGGACUUGAGAAGACCUAGUUUUGUGCAGAAGACUUAUUAAUAAAGCAAAUGUGAAACAUAUUUACCAGUAUAUAAGAGAAUAUUUCAGCUUUGCCAGCUCAUCCUAAAAGGACCAAGGGUUUGGUGCAAUACACAAUAACAAAAUAUGUAUAACAUUAAAUACCACUUUCAUAUAGGGGGUUUUAUGGUCUCUUUUUAAGUUAAUCGUUUCAUUUUAGUGCAACGCAAACAAAUUUGACACCAAUGCUGUUUGGAUUAUUUUUGCUAAUAUGCUUUGCUGUAUGUACCAGAAUCUAACUCUUAAUAAAUAUUUAAACACAGUAAA